AUGACAUCAUACUUUUUCAGUUCUCAGGAUUACAUGGACAUUGUGGAUAGUGAAGAUGAAGAAUUGGAGAGGGCCAUCCAAGCUAGCAUGGUGGAAUUUGAACAGAAAAAAACUUCAGCUGCAAUAAACCAAUGUAAAACAGGAAUGGAUGAUGUAGCAGGAUUUUGGAAGCUAGUUGCAGCAAACUCUACACAGUUUAGAUCUCUGUUUUGUCACCAAUGUUUACCGUUAACCAAGGAAAAAUUUGAGUCCCUCCUCAAGAUAAAUUUUUCUGACGAGGGAUCAAACAAAAGAUCACAAGAGGAAGACACAGUAUAUUCCUGGGAGUUAUUCUUGCAGGAUGUUAGUGAUGGAAAUAUUCAAGCCACACUGGAAGAACUCCUCUCUUUCAUCACAGGAGCGGAUCAGGUCCCACCCACUGGGUUCCCAAAAUGCAUAGAUAUUAUAUUCUAUGCUAGUGAGAUCGGUGUGAAAAGAUUACCACAUGCCUCUACCUGUUCCUUAGAAUUUUACUUACCAGGAGGUGUUAGUGAUCCAAACACAUUUAGAGACAUGAUGUUAAUGUCGUUGAAAGAGUCAAUGGGAUUUGAGAAAAUAUAA